AAUAGCUUCUUCGUCUACGCCGUUUAUUUUCUUAUAAUGGCUUUUUGGGAUUGGAAUUGGAAGUUAUAUUGAAUUUCGAAAAUUUUCGGAUUGGAAUUCGAAACACUAGUUUCCGAUCUGUUCCAGCCGAAUUACAGGCCACCGCCAUUCACAAGCGCCCUCUUGCAGUCUCGGAGACUUACGCGAUCAGCAGGUAGAUAUAUCUUUGGUCUCUUUCCUAUUUUUGCUUUUAUUGUUCUGCAUAGUUGUGCUACAUGGAGGACAUAUUGGAGCCAGCUGUGAAUCUCGUUGAGAACCUACAUAAGGAAGGCUUCGAUGAAGGCUACGGAGACGGCCUCGUCGCCGGAAAAGAGGAGGCAAAGGAAGUGGGCCUCAAGCACGGCUUUGAGGUGGGCGAGGAGCUCGGCUUCUACCGGGGCUGCGUGGACGUGUGGAACUCUGCAAUCCGGGUCGACCCUACCCGGUUCUCGCUUCGGGUCCAGAAGGGUGUGAAGCAGAUGGAGGAGUUGAUUGAGAAAUACCCAGUUAUGGAACCCGAGGACGAGAGCGUCCAAGAUGUAAUGGAGGCUCUAAGGUUGAAGUUCAGGGCGGUUUGUGCUUCAAUGGGUGUGAAAUUGGAGUAUAAGGGGUAUCCGGGAGCUGCUUCUGAAGCUAAGCAGAUGUCGUAUUGGCUAAGGUUAGAGGAUUUUGUGGUCCGAGAGAAACUAUGGCCACACUGUUUUUGGAUGGUGUCUGUUCAUUGUGGUAAUCGGUGGGGUUUUUCUGCAGCUACUGAUGAGCAGGGAGGAGAGAAAAUGUUGAAGUCGAUGCUUGGUUGCUGCAAGGUGUACAUUUCUGAAAGCAGAAACAGGGCUGCGCUGGAGGGCAUUGAGCGAGCUGCUAAGCUUUUCUCAGAAGCACCCAUUGUCAAUAAGUUUGAAGAUGAGACUUACAACAGAGUUGGUUACACUCUUGUCUCCAAGUUGGCUCCAAAGCCAUCUGAGGAUCCUUGUCCCUUGAGGAUGGCAGUGCUUGCCAUGGUUAAGGCUGCUUUCGAAACCAUAGACCUUGAGAUGCAUUGUGGAAGUCAUCCCCGGCUCGGAGUUGUGGAUCAUAUAUGCUUUCACCCCCUGCUUGGUGCUUCUUUGGACGAAGUGGCUGGGGUUGCACACUUUUUGGGGGCAGAUGUUGGCUCUAAUCUUCAAGUUCCUACUUUUCUCUAUGGAGCUGCCCAUGAAGAGGGGAGGACACUUGAUUCAAUCAGAAGAGAGCUGGGUUAUUUCAAGCCAACUUCUAGUGGAGAACAGUGGGUUGGGGGGCCAAAAUUGGAAUACUUGGCACUGAAGCCGGACAAGGGACCCCCUCAAGUGACUCAGGGAAAAGGUGUCAUUGUGAUUGGAGCAACCCGGUGGGUUGAUAACUAUAACGUCCCAGUUUUUUCUACUGAUAUUGCUGCUGUUCGUAGAAUUGCGAAACGAGUGAGUGGCAGAGGAGGUGGACUUCCUUCAGUCCAAGCCAUGGCACUUGCACACGGUGAAUCUGUCAUCGAGGUAGCUUGCAAUUUGUUGGAACCGGAGAAAGUGGGUGGAGAUAGGGUUCAGCUUGAAGUUGAGAGGCUUUCAGAGGAAGAGGGUAUGAGAGUGGGGAAGGGCUACUUCACUGAUUUUUCUCAGGAAAAAUUAAUUGAAAGUUACUUGCAGUCAGGUUGCUGUAUGUAAACUUGUUCUUUCAUGUAUCCUUGUGAGGCUACUGAUUCUUGAAUUGUCCAAUGUAUGAAAUUUGGAUGGUUCUGUUGGCAUUAUAUUUGAAAUCGCUGAGGCUUUGAUUUGUGUAAA